UGUGAGCCUGUCCGUAUGAACAGCCUGAAAAACACAGUGUGCUGGGAGUUACCUGUUCUUAUCAGCUGCAGAGCUUUCUGCAGAGGACGUAUUGUGAGGGUGCCCAAAGGCCCUCUUAUUCGAGUCGUGGGCACGGAGGUGGUGAUCCCUUGCAGCGUCAGUGACUACGAUGGACCCAGUGAGCAGAACUUUGACUGGGAGUUCUCCCGGGCAACUGAUUUCUUGAGGAUAGUGAGUACCUGGGAUUCUACGUUCACCUCUGAGGAGUACCAAAAACGUGUGGGCCGCGGGGAUAUCAAACUGAGACGGAGCAGCAACGAUGCUGUGGAACUCGUGAUUAGAAACAUCCAGCCAACUGACCAAGGGAUAUACAAAUGCUCCACACCCAGCACUGAUGCCACCGUUCAGGGAAAUUAUGAUGCUGAGGUCCAAGUGAAAGUGAUUUCUGAUGGCUUAUCGGUGAGUGGUUCAAAAGCACGUUCCUCAAUAUCUCUCAAGCUGUCUGAAGGUGACUCUUUCAAGUUACGCUGCUCGGCAAUCACCACCUCACCAGAGCACACUCACCUACAUGUGACUUGGCAGAUCAAAAGUGGAUCAUCUUGGAGGGACAUCCUGUCUUUAACUCAUGAAGGCAAAUUCCAGCCCGGCCCUGGCUAUGAAGAGCGCUACCGUAAUGGAGAUAUCCGCUUGGACACAGGAGCAAAUGACACGUAUCGAUUGUCUGUGUCCCAGGCCUCGUCAAUGGAUGGGGGUGUCUACAGGUGUCUUGUGAGUGAGUGGGUGAGAGGGGCAGACAGCUUAUGGCAGAAGAUUCAGGAGAAGAGCGUGGAGAUAGCAAGUGUGGAAAUCCAACGGACCGCUCUAGAUGUGCUCAUCUCAACAAGCAAUCUGUCUGUAACUGAAAGAGACUCCCUGGAUCUUACCUGCAACAUCACAACAGACAGGAGUGGUAUUUUCCAAGCUGAGGUGACGUGGUAUUUCUCUGAGUCACCCGAUGAUACCUUAUCAGAUGCUCAGGUUUUGUUGAGCAUGGACCAUGAUUCUGUUGUCAGUGAUUCAACUCUUAUCAGUCUGAGCCACGUAGAUAGGAACUCCUAUCGCCUGUUGGUGCGUGAUGUGGAUGUGGAAGACUCUGGGUACUACUUCUGUCAAGCAGCUGUCUGGGUGCCACUGCACAACGGGACCUGGCAUAAAGUGGUGGAGAGGACGUCUGCACCAGUCAGUGUGGUGGUGACAGCAUUAGAGCCAGAUUAUGAGGUGUUUCUGAAUGCUUCCAAAACACCCAAGUUUUCUGAUGACCCCACAGAGCUGGAGUGCAGGAUCACAAAUGUACAGGACCCCGAGGCAGACAUCCGCUACUCAGUUUCCUGGUACUACAGGCGGCACUUGUUCAGUGACGAUGUGGUGGCAGAGGAGCUCCUGGCCACGAUGGAUGCAGACUGGACUCUGCUGCUUGGGGACAGGAGCAGAGAGAGGACUCAAAAUGGGGAAAUAAUCUUCUCCAAAAAGGCUCUUGACACCUUCAGUUUACGGAUCCAGUGGACUUCAGAAAAUGACAGAGGGGAUUAUUUCUGUGUCGUCUCUGCAUGGAGUCGGCACCGCAACAACAGCUGGAUAAAGAGCAAAGAUGUGACUUCUGCUUCUGUCCCCAUUUUUUGGGCUACACAAGAUUACACGCUGACGGUGGAGGCGGUAAAACUGAAGCCAUUCUUUGUGGCAGGCCACACCUUUGAGAUGACGUGCAAAGUGUCUUCAAAAAACAUCAAGACGCCACGCUAUUCUGUCCUCAUUACAGCAGAGAAACCGCUGACAGAUCAGUCAAAUCCCAAUGGAACCACUCGCAUAAUUUCCUUGAACCAGGACUCGGUGGUGCGGCUGGAAGACUGGACGGACCAGACUCGUGUGGAUGGCGUGGUUCUGGAGAAGGUCCAGGAGAAUGAGUUCCGCUACAGGAUGUAUCAGACCCAGAUCUCAGAUGCUGGGCUGUAUCGCUGUGUGGUGACUGCCUGGUCUCCGGGUGGUGGUGGCAUGUGGCGUGAAGCAGUGAAUGGCUUGUCCAACCCUAUCCAGAUAGACUUCCAGACAUCAGGUCCUGUGUUUAAUGUCUCGGUGCAUUCUGACAAUCUGACGAUUUACCAAGGUGAACUGGCAGAUUUGCUCUGUAUCAUCACAACAGAUGGAAUGACACUAGAGCCAGAUGAUAUGUCCUUUGAUGUCUCCUGGUUUGCUGUGCGCUCCUUUGCGUUGGACAGAGAGCCUGUCAUGCUGGCCUCGGUGGACCGGAGAGGGAUCGUGACACAGAGCAGGAGAAAUGGGAGCAGUGAUCUGAGCCUGGAGAGAAUCAGCCCACUGGAAUUCCGUCUCCGCAUUCACGGCUGUGAGGAUCACGACUUUGGGAACCACUAUUGCGUAGUCACCCCGUGGGUACGCUCUGCCACUGGGGUAUGGCAACGGGAACCUGACAUCAAAGCCAAACCCAUCUUUCUAUCUGUGAAAAUGGAUGGUAAGAGCAGUAUUGCAGUUUCUGUUGUGGGAUUUUUAACACCUUAUAUUUUUUGUAGCAACUACUCUCUAUCACACAUACCUUUAAAAACAUUGAUAAUCUAAUUAGAUGUUGCUAUC